AUGCGUCGCUUCACAAGCACUCCACUUGCCGCCAACGCAGCGGUGGCAUCCCUGCGCACACUCUACAGCGCGUUGGUGGAGGACCACUACAACAACCCCCGGAACAUGGGAAAACUUGACAAGACCGACCCGAACGUGGGAACAGGGCUUCGCGGUGCACCCGAGUGUGGUGACAUGACACAAAUGCAGGUGAAAGUGAACCCCGACACAGGCGUCAUUGAAGAUGUAAAGUUUAAAGCCUUUGGUUGCGGAAGCGCGAUUGCCGCCUCCUCGUACGCGUCCCAAGCAAUUCGGGGAAAAACAUGGUCAGAGGCACUGAAGCUGACGAACAAGAAAAUAGCGGAGGAACUCUCACUUCCCCCAGUCAAGCUUCACUGCUCCAUGCUGGCACAGGAAACAAUUCAGGCGGCGGUGGAGAAUUACCUGUCGAAGAACCCUUCGCUGAAGUCAAAGGUACAAAAGAAGCAGUCAACAGAGGCUUCAACCCCCUAA